CUUUGAUGUUUUCGAAACUUAGAACAUGGCAUGAAUAUCGCAUACUUUAAAUGAUUUAGAAAGCAGAACAGGCUAAAACUUGGAUAAUUCCUCAACCUAUCCUCUUAAACUCCAUUUAAUUUUCUCUUAACCCAGUACAAUUAAAAACCUCGGCUGGCUUUGAAACUAUUUAUAUUGCAGCAUCAAGGAUCAUUUGCAUACCUUCAUUUUACUGCCCUUAUUUGAUAGGGCUGUGAAUUUCUCUGUCCAAUCCAUAUUCUCCACUUGGAUUUGGUUUGGGUUUUGGGCAUGUAACUUGGUUUGAGAUUGUUAGGAUUAGCAGUCAAGAGACUUUGUUAGACAUGAACUUGGGUCACUAGAAAGCAGCCAGCAGCUGGUUCUGAUCCACUUUCUGUCACAAUGAUCUUUCUGCUGGCAAUUCUGAUAAUUGUGGGGGGGUGUAUGGUGGUAAGACUAUGGUAUCAUCUAGUUUUCUUCUCCAGAGGAAGUAGACUGCCACCAGGGUCCAUGGGAUGGCCAUAUAUUGGGCAAACAUUGCAGCUUUACUCUCAAAAUCCAGACUUCUUCUUCUCCAGUAAACAGAAGAGAUAUGGCGACAUAUUCAAAACUCGAGUUCUAGGGUGCCCUUGUAUUAUGAUUGCAAAUCCAGAGGCUGUGAGAUUUGUACUGGUCCAGAAAGCUCAGAUUUUUAAGCCCACCUUCCCUGCGAGCAAGGAGCGGAUGCUUGGCCGGAAUGCUCUGUUUUUUCAGGAAGGAGAAUACCAUGCACGCCUGAGGAAACUUGUUCAGUCUAGUUUCCUUCCUGAGGCUAUCCGUGGCAUUGUUCCCGACAUCGACAAGAUAGCGCAGAAUAUCUUGAAGACAUGGGAAGGGCGCACAAUAAGUACAUUCCAGGAGAUGAAAAAGUAUGCGUUUGAUGUGGGAUUGCAUUCUAUUUUUGGUCCCUUGGACUCCGCUCACCAUGAAGCUCUCAAGAAAUAUUAUCACAUUUUGGAGAAGGGAUACAAUUCUUUGCCUGUCAACCUCCCUGGAACGCUCUUCAACAAAUCCAUCAAGGCAAGGAAGAAGCUCGGCCAAAUAUUGAGUAAAAUAAUUGCAGAGCGACGAGCCCAGAAUGCACAUCACAAGGAUUUCUUGGAGUCAUUGAUGGCAUCCAGAGAUGAAAAAGGACAGACUCUGAACGAGGAGCAGAUAGCUGACAACGUCAUUGGCGUUCUCUUCGCAGCGCAGGAUACAACAGCCAGUGUCUUGACGUGGCUUGUUAAAUUUCUUGCAGAAUAUCCUGCCCUUCUUGACGCUGUCAUUGCUGAGCAAGAUGCGGUUGGAGGGAGUAAGGUAGAGGAGUCCUUAACAAUUGCAGACACCAAGAAAAUGCUGCUCACAACAAGGGUUAUUCAGGAGACGUUGAGGGUGGCGACAGUGUUAUCCUUCACGUUCAGAGAAGCUGUUGAAGACGUUGAGUACAAAGGUUUCCUCAUUCCCAAGGGUUGGAAAGUAUUGCCGCUGUUCCGAAACAUCCAUCAUAAUCCUGAAUUCUUCCCUGAUCCCCAACAUUUUGAUCCAUCAAGAUUCCUAGUGCCUCCAAAGCCAAAUACUUUCUUGCCCUUUGGGAAUGGAGUCCACUCGUGCCCAGGAAAUCAGCUGGCAUACACGGAAAUGUUCAUCUUAAUCCACCAUCUUACAACCAAGUACAGGUGGCAACUUGUGGGGACCGAGAGUGGGAUUGAAUAUGGUCCCUUCCCUCUUCCAAAACAAGGACUUCCAGUAAGACUUAUCCCCAGAUAAGUCAAAACAUCGAGCUUCACAUUACAAUCUAUCUCUGGAUAUUCCAUCAGAACAUCAAAGUUGUACCUGAAACAAUUGCGACAUAAUAUCACAUAUGCUGUGUCGACAGCCAUGUGACCAACAACCUAAUUUUUCCUGAUGGAAAUUUUGCUGUACAAGUAUUAUUAUUUUUUCUUCUGUCUCUUUUCUUUCAAGUAAAAUCCAAUUUCAAUUUCAGUAGAGGGUUAUGUGGGAAACUCCCAUCCUAGAUGCAUGCAUUGAAUUCCCGUCCUCUGAAAUACAGCACGUAGACAGAGAGGUCACAAUCAUUGACAUGCAACAAUUCUUGAUGAUUGACAUUCAAGAAUUCUUGAUGGUUUUUCAUGGGGUCAUCUAGUUAUAUUGCUAAUAUUAUUAUCUGAUAUUUCUGAGA